UACUGGGGGGGAGCAGUCGUGAGUUGUAUCGUUUGGCCACUGCCUGCUGCUUAAUGUCGAUGAGGCUCUGGACAGUCACAACCUGCCGCUGAAUCACCGUCGGGACUUGCUGUGAACGGCGUCGCGUCCGUAUAAUGUCGCCGCCGCUGAGGACGCGCAGCUGAAUGUGAAUAGUGGAUCCAGCCGGUAGUCACAGAGGAGGUGAACGCACCUUGCAUCCAGCCAUGGGAGGUCAGAUCACCAGAAAUACCAUCUACGAUUCUCUGAAUGGGCCAUUUCCUGCAACGUCCCACCGAUGCCACCACAAGCCCAAGCGCUGCCUGCCCAUACAGCAAUGUGGAAGCUUGUCCUCCUUCCCUCUGCUCUUCCACCCCAGCACGAAGGGCUCGCAGAUCAUCAUGGACAUGUCCCAGAGGACCGUCAAGAGACAAGCCAGCUUCUGUAAUGCCAUCACCUUCAGCAACAGACCUAUCGCUGUGUAUGAGCAAGUUCGACUGAAGAUUACUAAAAAGCAGUGCUGCUGGAGCGGUGCCCUGCGUCUUGGUUUUACAAGCAAGGACCCAUCAAGGAUCAACCCAGACACAUUGCCCAAAUACGCCUGCCCUGACCUGGUCUCCCAGAGUGGCUUCUGGGCGAAAGCUCUCCCGGAGGAGCUCUCCAAUGAGGGAAAUGUCAUCUCCUUCUGGGUGGACAAGAAGGGCCGGGUGUUUUACCGAAUCAACGACUCAAGCCCCAUGCUGUUUUUCAGCGGGGUACACGUCUCUGAACCUCUGUGGGCUCUCAUUGACGUCUACGGCCUCACCAGGGGGGUCCAGCUGCUAGACAGUGAGAUGGUCCCUCUGGACUGCCUGCGUCCUCGUUCUUUUGCAGCCACCCACCGGGCCUCUAUUCAGAGAAACGGUGAUGACCCUCGUCUGUCCAUCAGCCUGUGUGACCUGAGCCUGCAGCAGCAGGAGAUGCAUCUGGAGGAAGAUGAUGAGGAAGAGGAACGGCUUCAACCCUUAAGCUCCACCUCCUGCCAUGUGCCUCAAAACUCUCAGAACUCACAGCAGUGCUCGCUGCUUCCCAGCCAUUUAGAAACUGAUUUGCACUUCCACUCAGUGCACGGCAUCCAUGUUACGGUGCUGGAUAAGCACACUGUUGCGCGGCUGGAUCACCGUGGUGACGAGAGGACCCUGGUGUUUACCAACCGGCCAAUGCGCUGUUCAGAAACUCUGUUCGUGAAGGUGAAGGCAGGUGUCACACGGCCUGGUUCUCUUUCUUAUGGUGUGACAUCCUGCGACCCGGCCACCCUGAGGCCCAGCGACCUCCCAUCCAACCCAGAGUCACUGGUUGACCGCAAGGAAUUCUGGGCCAUGUGUCGGGUGGCGGUGCCACUCCACAGUGGAGAUAUCUUGGGCUUUGUGGUGAACUCAGAUGGGGAGGUCAUGAUGAGCCAUAAUGGCAUCAGUGCAGGGAUGCAGCUGUGUGUUGAUAACUCCAGGCCCCUCUGGAUGUUCUACGGCCUGCACGGCACCAUCACACAACUCAGGAUUUUAGGCUCAUCUCUACACCCAGACAUCCGAGGACCGUCUGUCCCCAGCUCCCCUUCCUGUACACCCAACACCCCCACAAUGCUUUGCAGCGGCAACUCAGAGCCCAACCUCAACACACCCUUGAACAUCAACCUUAAUUCAAGCCUCAACUCCAACUACCACACAGUCUUUUCUUCCUCCACAGGUACAACCCCGAGCUCUCCAUUCUCCAGCCACCCAGAGUCUCCUACCUUUCAAUCCUGCUCAGGCUCGUGGAGCGACGAGUGCACCAUUUGCUACGAGAACGUGGUGGACACAGUCCUCUACGCCUGUGGACACAUGUGUCUCUGCUACGCCUGUGGCCUCAAACUCAAGAAGAUGGCCAAUGCGUGCUGCCCCAUCUGUAGGAGGACAAUCAAAGAUAUCAUCAAGACCUACAGGAGCACGUAGGCUUGUGUUCAACAAUGUGUCACAUCAUCAGGUUCAGCUCAAGAGGUUGUCAAAGCCAUGUGAGACUUUGUAAAGACAAACACAGCACAAGUGAAAGCCCCGCUUGUUUGUGUGUGCAGUCUGGCUCAGGUACUCUACAGCAGGACUUUAAACGCCAUCAUUAUAACAUUUUAUCUCUGUUAUGUCUAAUGCACAUCAUUGGAAAGCAGCAGUACCUACCUGUUAAGAUUAAGCAGUGAGAUUCGUCAGAGACCACCAAAAAAUACACAAAUAGCAGACUGGACUCAUGACCUACUAUUGUCCAGUGGCUCUGUGAUUUGUGUUGUGUGUGUUGAAGAGAAAGAGUAAUCUGAGGAGGCAUUUGUCCUACUUAUAGGCAGAGUAACCCUUCAUUCUGCUGGCUAUAGCAUCGCUGCUAGCCAGUUUUAGACUAAAUAAAAUUGUCCAGAGCUGCGGAAGAAACAAGGAGGAUAAAUCAGUGGUUUCUCCAGCUGCUCCUUCUCUGCUUGUCAGAAAGCACUGGGUCAAAAAUUGUUGUUUUACAGUAAGGAUUGAUUCUCUACUAAAUCUUAGAAAAUCAAGACAAGAUAGUUUUAUUUGAUUUUCAGAAUGCUUCCAGAUACCAGUGAGGAAUGUGUAGAAAGAAAGCGAGAGACUUUUUGUUGGUGAAAACCUUGCAGUAUUUCUAAAACUAACCAAUUUCGAAUGAGUAGAAAGUGCUCCUCCAGCAAUAAAACACAAUACAAUGCCUAAACCUAAAGGGUACAGAAAUCCUUAACUCUGUUGUAUAAUAAAUGAAGUGUUUUGUUGGAUAUUUCACUACUUGCAGUGCUUCUGUGAACUUCAGGCAGGGUGAGAUUGUGCAAAGGGUAAAAAAGUGUGAACGUUAUCACCAUAGAAGGUCUCGCUUCUGGUGAAAUGAGGAUGUAAAUCAGUGAGGAGGGAGGAGUUGUAAGUUUGUGGAUGUAGACAGUGAGGGAAGCGGCACCUUUGCUGUGUGUCUGCACAUCGUUUCAGUGCAAAGAAAGUGUUUGCUCACUCAGGCAAACCUGAUACAUCAGAAGUUUGUAUGAAAGCCUGUAAAAUGUGGGACUUGCAUGGGUUGCAUGUCCUGCUCCUUCCAGCAUCUCAUGCUGCUCAGUAAGCUUGCUGGAUGCUGCAUUUGGACAAAAGUCAUCUAAAUAAACACUGGUGGGCAGUGAAGUAUUUUUAAAAUGCUGAAAGAGCACAUAAGGAUGACGAAUCAACCUCUUCAUUAUUGCGAAAAACCCAUGAAACAGUCACAGAUGGCUUUGCUUACUUCAGAUUACACACUCCUCUUUCAUUAUGUACAUUAAAGUAAAACAUGAAUAUUUGCUUUCACUCAUGACGUAUUUCAGCACACUGUGUCUUCAAGUGGAAAGAAAUUCACACGUGUGUAGGUAGUGACAAGGAUGUGUGUUGUUAGUGUGGGACAUUGUGAGAAUUUUAUUUGCAUAUCAGUUUCUGAGUGCUGCUCUCCGUCGGUAAAAGCAAACUCCAUUUUCAUUUGACUAACCUCAUGUACUAUGUUGUGCUUUGAAUUGUUAAGAAAUACAGGCUAUUUUCAGGUGUUAUUUUGGCCUCGCUGAAACAUUACUCAGUAAUUUGUAAAGUAGUAAGUGCUGAUUGUUUUUAUUUUCAGGGUGUUGAAGGUUGUCAUCUCGCCAUUGUGUGGAAAAACUAGCAGUUAUUUUGUAAACCGUUUGCAUCACAGUUCAGUUUUCUUGUGUGCCUUUGAAAAGAGAAGUCUGGACAAACUUGGCUCUGUCAGGCUCCUCACUUUAAAACAAAAAAAAAAAACAAAAACAGGAAGAACAAUGAUAUUCAUCUUAAAGUCACACUUAAGUGGUUGUGAUGUUUCUGACGUGAGCAGGUGUAACCACACAACCUACCAAUUCAAAGCUGUCGUGUUUGACUUUGAAGCAAACAUUUCAGUGUGCUUACUAUCAGUGUGUGAAUUUGUUCACUGCUUAAGAUGAAAUGUUUAAAUAGCGCCUUGUCCCCUCUGUCACCGCAUUGCAUAAUACUGGAAUUUUGUUGUGCUUGAGAGACGCCCAGCCUUUACAUUUCUACCUAUUUUUGUUUUUCUUCCUGACCAAAUAUGACCUAGCGGAAAUAAAGUAUUGUGAAACAUUUUUGAUAGAAAAAAAUGGUAUUGAUGAGUGUAAUAUUAACUGUACAUUAUGAGGUUUAUUUAUUUUGUCAAUGCUACUAGAAAGAAUUGUCACUGUUUUAUAUGUAUGGCUAUAGUGUCCAAAAUGUAAGAAUAUUUCAUUGUUGCAUAGUCGAAGAUUAUAGAAAACUUUAUUCUCCUAAGACUUGGUGGUUGUGUCAGCUGGUUUUCCCUUGACGGAAUAGUUUUGAUAAUGUUUUGGGAAAUACGUUUUUUCACUUUGUGGCAGAGAGUUAGACGAAAAGAUCAAUACCACCCCCAGUGGUGACAUGUAACAAAGUACAUUUACUCAAGUACUGUACUUUUAGUUUUGACGUACUUGUACAUUACUUAAGUAUUUUAAUUAGAAUUAAAUAAUUAAAAUUCUGCUACUUAAUGUAAUACUUUCACUCCAUAACAUUUCAGGAGGAAAUAUCACUUUUUCCUCCACUACAGUUACCUGAAAACUGUAGGUAUUAGUGCUUUGCAGAUCAAUAUUUUACACUCAACAUAUAUAAUUAGCUUAUAAAAUAUGAUAUAUUGUGGAAGAAAAUACCCAAAAGAAUAAAGUGAUUGAAAUGAGCCACCUGAUUUUUUUGGAUGCAGGACUAUUACUUGUAAAGCAGUCUUUUGACAUUGCAUGGUAGCAUACUUUUACUUUUACAGCAGCUAUAAUAUAAAUAUAUUUUUUGUAACAGUACCACAAUGUACAAGGGGUUGCUUGAAGCGUUGAAUGCAUAGCGACCUGAAUCUGCAGCUCACCUCUUGUUUAGCCAUCCAGCCCGCAACUGUUUUGGUUCAGUCUCCUGGCUCUCAUGGUGUCGUUUUUGGGUCAAGACAGUCGGCUUCUCGCAGCAAAAAGUCUCUGAAAGUCCACUGAGCACUUCCUGCUCAGAUCCAAACAGAACACAGAUAUAGCAACUAGCUGAUGAACAUAGUGGAGCACCAGCCUAAACUAGCAAAAAGACUGGAAACAGGGAGAAACAACUAGCCUGGCUCUGCCCACCUAUAAGCACCUACAACUUUUGCAUGUAGCUUUUGAACAAGUGGGCUAACAUGUUAAUGACUGAGCUUUAGAGGUGCCGGUAGUUGCUACCUUUGAGCAGAGUAAUACAGCUGUAUCUCCUGUUUACACUCUUUAUGCUAUGCUAAGCUAACCACCUGCUAGCUGAAACCACUUGAGUUUUGCCAAUCUUUUCAUCUAACUCUCUGGCAAAUAAGCAUAUUUCCCAAAAUGUCAAACAUUUGCUUUAAUGUCAAAUGGUAUUAGCAGGGAAUAAAAUGUGUAGAAUUGGCGUUGGUUACCUCUUAGUUGGUAAAAUUAUGUUUGUCCAUCUUGUGCAUAUUUAAAUGCUAACUUCGUGUCGUAGUGAAGCAGGCGUGAGUAGUUCCCCAUGUGGUCGCAGGGCUCUCAAGUUUUGAAUGCAGGCAAGAGUCGGCAGGUAAGUGACAGGCUCCGUGCAGACGGGCUUGAUUCCUCCCGGUUCCAUAGCAGUGGCGCACCAGAGAAAUUUACCGGUAUUUUUUUUUUUUUCAGCGUGAGAAAUACAAUGCGUGGCGGCAGUGCGUGACAAAAGACCGAAAAGCGUCACUGUCACGCUCAAUGCGUGAGACUUGAGAGCCCUGUGGUCGUAGUUCUGACAGCCUGUUUUUUCAAAUGUGACCAAAUAUUUGCUGUCAUUUGCAAAACCAAACCAGCAAGUAAGUGAAGGUGGGCAUUGCGCACUUUGGACAAGAAAAUCAGCUCAUAACAUUGGUUUCCUGGACUGGGGAUUUCUAUUUGAUGUUUAAAAAAACAUUCUUAAAGUGGUUUCUGAAUUUGCUAAUUAUGUUCACUUUGUUAAAUAAAGUUUAAGUCAGUGCCUGUUGUUAUUUCUUAUUUAUCACAUAAAAAGAAGCCCAUUUUGAGCCCAUGCAGCUCUUCCUUAGGUAUACGAGAGGGCCUGUCUCCUACUUUGGUUCAGGCAUUUGACUCGAAUUGCAAUAAAAAGUUAAAACUGA